CCUAAAUAGAAGUUAAUAAGAUGUUCGGUCGUUUCAUCUUUACCUAUCAUUACAAUUAUACCCUUCAAUAUAUUAUCCUUAAUAACCACUUCCCCCUAUCUCAUCGUAUCUGGCUUCACACUCAUCACCGUAGCUUUUCCACCGACUCACUCCUUUAUCUUUAUCCCCUGCAUCUUUAAUUUCAUUUCUCUAAAUUCUCCGAUGGUGAAAGGCGGCGAAGUGCGGUAUAAUUGUUGGAGAUAGAUCAGAGAUCUAAACUCAGAUCUGGAGUGGUUGCUCCAUAGAAGGUUGCAGCCGGUGUUGUAGAGGUGUUGUAGAGUGACGGCGACGUUGAAUUAGUUGGUGGUGACACCGGAUGAGACAUCGGCAAUGGACGGCGAUGCCGGUAGAGCCUGAGAUGUUGAUGGUGGUGGUGCCGGAGAAGGCGGCGGCGCUAGUAAUGGCGGACAUGGCGGCAGUUCCAGAGAUGGCAGUGGCGUCGGAGAUGGCAGCGGCGUCAGUAAUGCCGAAGAUGGAUACUGCCUUGUGCGAAGCAUAUGUCGUGUAUUGUGCACUGCCUCUCCUCUAUGUAACUGUAAACUUUAAUUUUGUUAUUUUAUUUUGUAUUAUUAAUAAAGGAAUCAACUUUUUCAUUAAGGGUAUAUUUGUCUCUUACUAUUAAGUUCCGUGUGCCAAGCUAUAGGUGGGAUAUGACUCCUAUUUUUGUAUUGUUGAUAUGUUUUACUCCUAAAGUGGGAAUUCUCUCAAUUAUCAUCACUCUUUGUACAUAUACAUAUACAUAUACA